GUACAUUUUGGGGUACUUUUAACAUUUGUGGAAUGUGAAUGGAUUCUCAAAGAUAGAAGCCGCCACUGAACAAUUAUACACUGCCGUGUGGUUUGAUGUGGGGAUACCAAUCCCACCCUAAGUUCCCGAACGAAAAUGUCGAUGUCGUUCACCGAUGGCCGAAUGGACCGUCGCCGGAGAAAUUGGUAGGAGGGCGAAGGCCCAGGUGGAUUCUGAUGAGCGGAUUCUUAGCGUGGGUGUUUUUCAAAAUGGGCGGACGGAGCGCAGCUGGGAAUUCAGGGCGGAAGUAGAAGACGGGAUCUCUGCCGAGAGGGAGAAACUGUUGCUUGAUAUCCAGGUGGCAACAGAUAAGAUGAAGGAGGCAAUCUUGGGAACGAGGCUGUGGGAUGGAGAGCAGCCGCAUGUGGCGGAGGAGCGUGAGGAACUACCUCCGACGCCAACGAGGUGCUCGGAGACUAUUACGCUGGUGGGUCCAUCAGAAGCCGCCAGACCAUGGAACUUGCGGACUCGACGGUCGGGAAAUAAGCAUCCUAACGUAGUCACUGCCACCGCUUCUUCCACCGCGCUGAAGCGGCAGAGAGCGAAGUUCUCCGUUUCCUUUACUCGGAGAGAGAUCGAGGAAGGUUUAGUUGCAUAAGAGCAUCUCCAAUGGGAGGGUGGAUUGUAGUGAUGUGGAAUAGAAGAGAGAUAAAGAUAGAAUGAAUAUUAGAAUGAAGUGGUGUGUAGGGAAAAAUGAAAAAGAUGAGAGAGAUAGAGAUAAAAAGUAGAUAUAGGUCUAUGACAAGGUUCAUAAAUGGACCUUACACGGGAUUCGAGGAGGAAAAGUUGAUGAAAAGUGGGUUACAAGUGAUAUAAAAAAAUGAAAAUGAAAAUAAAUUAGGAAAUAUGUGGGUCCUACACAUAAAAAGUCUGAAAUAAAAAAUGGGACCAAUGCAUAAGGGUGUAUAAG